CUCCACUCAUUCUUCCAUCUCCUCCACACACUAAACAUUGCCUUAUCUCUUUCGCGGCCUUUGAGCAAUUCCAAAAUCACCAAAUUUCUCUACCCAUCGCCCAAAUGCCUGCUUUAUCUUUACUACCGUCGCCAUUUCUCUGUCACCUUCACAAUCAAAACCUAUCAGACCAGUACCUUCAUUACCGCUAAUGGCUUCUAAACCUAUAUGUCCUCUUACGGUUCCACGAUUUCGACAUGCAUCGUUCAAAAGACCAUUCCUUUAUUCGUCUCUAGUUUCAUGCCCCUCUGCUUCUAGGCUUCAGUUGAUCGAUUAUGCUGGAAGUAAGGUCUUUGUUGGGGCAAGGUUUUUGGCUCUCUUUCCUAAGGCUACUGUCGAUCAGUCAGGUCAGGUCCAAGAAGAUGAAUUAGAUGACAGUAAGAUCUUACCCUAUUGCAGCAUCAAUAGGAAGGAGAAGAAGUCUCUGGGCGAGAUGGAACAAGAAUUUCUUCAAGCAUUACAAGCAUUCUAUUAUGAAGGGAAGGCAAUCAUGUCAAAUGAAGAAUUUGAUAACCUGAAGGAAGAGUUAAUGUGGGAAGGAAGCAGUGUUGUCAUGCUAAGUGCUGAUGAACAGAGAUUUUUGGAAGCUUCUAUGGCAUAUGUUGCUGGGAAACCAAUUGUGUCAGAUGAAGUGUUUGACAAACUAAAGAUGAAACUUAAGAUGGAUGGCAGUGCUAUUGUAGUUGAGGGUCCACGUUGCAGUCUUCGCAGUAAGAAGGUUUACAGUGACCUUUCAGUUGAUUAUCUAAAGAUGUUCUUACUUAAUGUCCCUGCUGCUGUUGUAGCCCUGGGAUUGUUUUUCUUCCUUGAUGACUUGACUGGAUUUGAAAUCACUUACCUUUUGGAGCUUCCAGAACCUUUUGGUUUUAUCUUUACAUGGUUUGCAGCUUUGCCAUUAAUUCUGUGGCUGUCAUUCUCAAUCACAGGAUUUAUUGUUAAAGAUUUCCUUAUAUUGAAGGGUCCCUGUCCAAACUGUGGUACAGAAAACACUUCAUUUUUUGGUACUAUACUGUCCGUAUCUAGUGGUGGUUCCAGCAACAAUGUGAAGUGCUCCAAUUGCGGAACAGAGAUGGUAUUUGAUUCAUGUACACGCCUGAUUACACUCCCUGAAGGAAGUGCUGCAUAAACAGAUAUUUGCACAAGGGAUAAGACGAAUGCUAGUGGCGCAGAAGACAAUUUUAUGUAGUUGGGUCAAUGUACGUGAUAUUAGAUACUCUUAUAUGGUUUUUAUGUAUGUGUAGCUUUGUCAUGUAUAUUCUUCAAUCAUGUCUCAUCAGGCUAAACCAAAAGAUUGAGAAGUCUUGUAGUUCAGAUUUGUCCAUACAGUCUUAUGCUUUAGUUUUAAGUAAGUCCAACCUUCAUUAUGUUUUCUGGAUUCAACCUUGAAGUAAAUAUCAUAUUUAAAUGUGGAUAGGGUUCCACACAGGAACACAUCAGUGUUUUUUCAAGGGACUUGAUCAAUAUUGGCUCCUGUGAACCAGAACCAAUGUCCAGCUAUAUAAUAGGCUGGUUGCAGUCAA